AUGGAAAGAAUAAUACUAUACGAAGAACUGAGGUUAAUAGAGAGAAACGAAUCUGAAAUCAACGUGGUAUGGAAAGGUGCACAGAUACUUUUAUUUUUCUUGGCGUUCGUCUUCGGCUCGUUCUGUACAUUCUGUUUCCACAUGUUGAUGUACUUGUUCGACGACAAAUGUGUUCUCUUCCCUAAGCUGUUGUCUCUUUCAUCAGUGCGUUAUAGCUUAAUUUCUGAAUUUACACCAGCCGACAUAGAUGAACAUUUACCAGUGGAUUUUGUAAGCACGCAAUGGGUAGAGAAAAGUGCUUGCCAUUUACCCACAUAUGUUCCGCUAGUUUCCGGAAUAUUCGGCUUAGUUUGGACCACCAUGUUUUUGAUGUGUUCUACUGGCAGCCGAACUCUGACUGGUCUCCAGCGACCGUGGCGCGUUUUGCUACCGGUGAUUUUAUUCUCAUUGUCCAUGGGAGGACUCUGCACUUACACAUCAAUUGUCACUCAUUCGGGCCUAAAGGAACUUUGUGUCAAGCUCGGCGAAAUAACCGGCAGUCCCACGUGUACUUAUACAAUAAACGUGGCGACAUUAGCGUAUGAACGUCGGAUCCGUGGCGUGUAUCAAGCAACACAACUCACCAUCGCUACAGCCUGGAUGCAUACAGCAUGCUGGCUUCUAUCUGCUUUUUUGGCCCUGACAAGAGUGCUCUUGGCCGUCGACUUCCAACUUGUGCGUGUCAAAGCAGAGCUCAUUGGAAAUAUUGAUAAGAUGAUGGAAAUGAAUGAGAAACAUGUUCGUACGGUAUCUCCGGAUUGUUGGGCCAACGAUAAAAGCGAAUACGAUGCCUCCGAACGUCAUAUUUCUAGAAGCAGCACUAAAAUCCAUUUCAAAAACAAUGACUUCAAGGUCGAUGAAGAUUCAAUUCCUGACAGCACUAAUGAUUCUACAAACACAGAAAGGGAUGUUAUAUACUUCGCGGCUCCCUACGAUGUACUCACGUCGGAAAUGUCCUUGGUACCGGCCGAAAAGAAUAGGCUAGCCCUCCGUUCUGCGUAUAAGACGGUCGCGAAAGACAAAAAAUUCAUUGUUAAAAUUGUUUACAAUCUCUUGGAGUCAAUUGAAUACCCUGAAAUUAUGUCCGGCGAAAGUGAAAGCACUUCUAGUCGUACUCCUGAAACGUACACCAAAUCUGAAGAUGACAGUGAACUAAUAAUACCAAGGCAAUAUGGACAGGAGAAGAUAAACUUUGAAGCCUCUAAAAAACACAUCAAAGAAAAACGUGAACUGACAGAAAUCGAACUAUUCGAAGCCGAAAAAAUUGCUAAUGAAAUCAAACAGAAGUUACAAGAGAAAUUGAAUCAGGGCAUCAUUAGUUUGCAUACGUCCGAAAAUACUUCUAAAGAAAAAGUCAGUCAAACUCUCUCAGAAACUCCGUCAAAAAAUGACAAACCCUUAAAGUCAAGUCUUAAAAACGUUUGUCAACAAACUUGCAGGUCGACAAGAAAGAAAACAACAAAAGUCCAAAUAUUUGAUUCUGCAUCUACAGAAAGUGACUCGACUCAGUCCUCUGAUGUUCAGGAAGUUGAUAAAUCAACACAAACACACCCAAAAGAAAAACAAGAUUAA